AUGCCCUUCCCCCAAGAGAGCUUCUCCUUCGGACACUUCCGGCGACGAGACUCCCGCCGCCCCUCCACCCAGCCCUUCAGUCCUCUCCAAACAGAACACGAUCGUCACCCCCAACUCCCUGAGUUUGGCCCUUCCCUCCCGGUUUCAAGCCGAGCCUCCUCCGACGAAGACAGAAGCGGACUAGAAGACAUCGAAAAAGCCCUUCCCCUCAACACAGUACCAUCCCUCUGUCUCCAGCAAUCUUCCCAACUAGAUCAAAAUGUCUCCCGCGACAGUGCAUCCUCAGCCCCUGAAAACAGACCUUCAGACGCACAAGGCCGUCUCCCGCUGCGCCCCCGACUCGCCCACUUCACCUGGGCCUGGUACACCCUCACUAUGUCGACGGGCGGUUUGUCGCUGCUCAUCUUCUCUCAGCCACACCAGUUUCCUGGUCUCCGACAGAUCGGUCUCACAGUGUACAUCCUCAACCUAGUGCUCUUUACAGCCGUCACCGCUACUAUGCUCACCCGCUUCAUCUUAUUUCCAUCCCUCAUCCUCCGUUCGAUAACACACAAACGCGAAGGGUUAUUCGUUCCUACUUUCUUCUUGUCGGUAGCGACGUUGAUUACCUCUACCCAGCGCUACUGCGUCCCCGAACCUCCUCGGGUCGAGGGCACACCUAUCGAAGUCGACGCCGCGCUAGCCGCCGCCCUGACAGCUCCUGGCUUGACAACAGCAAUUCACAUCGCCUUCUGGACAUACCUCCUCCUCUCGACAGCCGUCGCCAUCGGGCAGUACUCCUACAUCUUUUCUGCGCACUCUUUCGGUUUGCAAACCAUGAUGCCGACCUGGAUCCUGCCCAUUUUUCCGAUCAUGCUGUCGGGCACGAUCGCCGCCGUGAUAGCGGAUAGUCAACCCCCGCAGUCAGCAAUCAUGAUCACCACCGCGGGACUGACCUGUCAGGGGCUGGGUUUGUCAGUCGCAUUUAUGAUGUACGCGCACAUGGUCGGCCGACUGAUGCAAUCCGGCCUACCCGACCGUGAACACCGCACCGGCUUAUUCAUGUGCGUCGGCCCCCCAGCCUUCACCGCCCUUGCUUUCCUGGGCAUGGCGCGCGCCCUUCCCGACAGCACCUUUGCCGAAAACAUGUAUGGCAUGAUGGACGUGAACACGAUCAAAACCAUGGCCGUCGUCGGCGCGGCCUUCCUCUGGGCGUUAAGUUUCUGGUGGUUUGGCAUCGCUGUUUUGGCGGUAGUGCGCGCGCCGCCGAGAUACUUUCAUCUGGGGUGGUGGGCAGCAGUUUUCCCUAACACAGGGUUUGUGUUGGCGACAAUUGCGCUGGGGGAGGCGUUUCGGAGCGAUGGGGUGAAGUGGUUUGCUACGGGGAUGUCGAUUUGCCUCGUGGGGACGUACUUGUUUGUGCUGGGGAACCAUGUAAGGGCGGUCGUGGUACAGGAGAUUUUGUAUCCUGGGAAGGAUGAGGAUGUAGAAGAUCAUUGA